UCCCAGCCGCGCGGGAGGAGCCAGCGGCCUGCGGACGCGAGCGUGCAGCUGCCGCGGCGAAGCCCAGAAGGGAGCCGGGAACCCGGGAACCGGGACUCAGGCAACCGAAGUUAUCCGAAUCUCAUUUUCAACUCCUGCUGAAGCCAGUAGCUGCAGAGAAAGAAAGCCAUACUCUUUGGAAAGUGUCAGCCAACCUGGAGAGCAGGAUGGAUCUUGAUGUGCUUAAUAUGUUCGUGAUCGCAGGCGCGCUGGCCAUCCCAAUUCUGGCGUUUGUGGCCUCCUUUCUUCUGUGGCCUUCAGCACUGAUAAAAAUCUAUUAUUGGUACUGGCGGAGGACAUUGGGCAUGCAGGUCCGCUAUGUGCAACACGGAGAUUACCAGUUCUGUUAUUCCUUCCGGGGCCGGCCUGGGCACAGGCCGUCCAUCCUCAUGCUGCACGGGUUCUCUGCCCACAAGGACAUGUGGCUCAGCGUUGUCAAGUUCCUUCCAAAGAAUCUGCACUUGAUCUGCGUGGACAUGCCGGGACACGAGGGCACCACUCGCUCCUCCCUGGAUGACCUGUCCAUCGAUGGGCAAGUCAAAAGAAUCCAUCAGUUUGUAGAAUGCCUCAAGCUGAAUAAGAAACCCUUCCACCUGAUCGGCACGUCCAUGGGUGGCCAUGUGGCUGGCGUGUAUGCUGCCUAUUAUCCAUCAGAUAUUUCCAGCCUGUGCCUCGUGUGCCCUGCUGGUUUGCAGUAUUCAGCCGAUAAUGAGUUUGUACAACGGAUCAAAUCGCUGGAAGGCUCGCCCACCACACACAAGAUUCCCUUGGUCCCAUCUACCCCGGAAGAGAUGAGUGAAAUGCUGCAGCUCUGCUCCUAUGUCCGCUUCAAAGUUCCUCAGCAGAUCCUGCAAGGCCUUGUGGACGUCCGCAUCCCCCAUAACAACUUCUACCGGAAGUUGUUUUUGGAAAUCGUGAGUGAGAAGUCCAGGUAUACUCUGCAUCAGAACAUGGAGAAGAUCAAGGUCCCAACGCAGGUCAUCUGGGGAAAACAAGACCAGGUGCUUGAUGUGUCUGGAGCAGAGAUGCUGGCCAAGUCCAUUGCCAACUGCCAGGUGGAGCUUCUGGAAAACUGUGGGCACUCAGUGGUGAUGGAGAGACCUCGGAAGACAGCCAAGCUCAUCGUUGACUUUUUAGCUUCUCUGCACAAUACAGACAACAACAAGAAGCUGGACUGAGCUCCGUCCUGCAGCCUGAAGCCUGCAUUCUGCACACAGCAUCUGCCCCCAGCCCCCAAAACCUGACGCGGCCACCACUCUCAGGAAUCCUGCCCCAAAUGCGGUUGGAACGCCAGCGCCAGCGUCCCCGAGGAAGCCGACCCCCUGUUUCCUGUAUCCUUGUUUCCAUAGAGCUUCAAGAGCCACAGGAAAUCUCCAAGAUCUUUUUUCUUUCUUCACAAGAUGGAAACCCAAAUGGGACGAAAUAAGAAAACCCAGCCAUGAAACGUACUGAGAAGUCUUCAAUUUCUGUCACUGAUACGCUUGUAUUCAAUGGUCAGGUUGGCCCAUUAUCAUCAUUUUCUUUAAGACAUUGCUUCACACACUGAAACUCAAGGUAUUUUUUUGUGUGUGGCUUCAGAUAUAUCCCCUGCAUGGUCAGUGGUUUUUACAGGAGCUUUAGUCCUCAUUCUCUGAACCUUCUUGUUUAGAUCAAAUUCAAAUUUUGCAUAGAGACUUGUGUAGAUGUGAAUGCAGCAAUAAGCUGCAAGAUCAGGAAGAAAGUAGAAAUUGUCCCCACCUCAAAAAAAAAAAGAAAGAACCAAUGCCAGAGGUUGGAGGCGUGUCCAGGUGGUAGAGUGCCAGCCAAGGAGUGAAUGCAUUCCAGUUUCAGACCAAAAAACAAAAAAGGUAGAAAUUAUUCCUACCUUUUUCACAUGGGGAAACAUGUGUAGUGGGGAGGAGCUUUGUCCUGCCUGCUUUUGGCCAGCCUGCAGAUGGGCCCAAGUAGGAGAAAACACGGGUGGAUUAUUUGGCAUGUAUGAGCCAAGUGGAUUGUGAGGGACCCCAGAACAGUUGCAGAAUAAGAACACUUGGCAAGGUGAUUUCCCAGGAAUGAUUCCUGAUUUCUAAAAAGACGACUAAUAAAGCAAUAAUGUUCUAGACAUCUAUCUAAGUAAUCAGACUCAAGUUCUCCACACAAGCGACUCAUGGGGCCUCUUUUCUAUUUUGCUCUGCUACCGAAAACUCUUGGAUGUAAAAUACUAGCUUGUUAAUGAAUUCUGUGAAUUCUGUGAACAGUAGCGUGAUUGCAAAUAAGUCAAAACAGCUGUAAAAGUAACCACAAAGAUGUGAAAUAAAUUUAAUAAGUCUGUAUAAGCAA